UCCACUCUCUCUCCACCUCAGCCUCGCCAUGCCAACACAACAUUCUCUCAUACCACAACCCACCACCAAUCCUCCUGUCUCCACCGCUCCCCAUCUUCACCAUGGAGGAGCGGGUGCCGCCCUCGGCAGACAACAACGGGAACCUAGAUAUUGAUAACCACAACCAUGUUCAUGGCCCGUUGCCCCCAUUGCCAGCAUCCGACCCCGAGCACGUGUUGGUGGUUCAAAUCCCGAAAGAUCAAAUCUACCGAGUGCCACCCCCUGAGAAUGCAUUGAUCAUCGAGCGCCACAGAAACCCUCCGAAGAAGGCCAACCAAAAGAAGCUAUGCGGCUGCUGUUCCUGGUGUUCUUGCCUAUCCAUAUGGGUCGUGAUUUUGGCCUUGGUGGCAAUCUUUGUCAUGAUAAGGACGUUACCAAGCACCAUGUCAUUCGCUUUCUUGCCUCGAGUGCCUGUCUAUCGCAUCGAGCACUUCUCUGUCAAGAACUUGACACAUUCAGCGCACCACGAGAACAAAAGCCACCUUCAUUAUGAAAUUACACUCAAGGAUGAGAACAAGAACCCCGUCACCGGAAUCUUGUACCACGAAGAUGGUAUCGUUUCCCUAUUGUGCAGGGGAAAGGAAAUCGCUGGUGGAAAAUACCCGGCAUUCAACCAAGAUGGAAAGGAGACAAAGGAUGUUAAAUUAACUCUCGAGGGUUUAAAUAUCCAUCUUCCUGAAGAUAUUAAUAAGAGCAUGAAGAGUACAACGCCAAAGGUUCACGUGCCUUUCUUGCUUGAGAUGGAUGUUCCUGCAGGGAUGAAGAUUGGACUAUUAAAAAGCGGAACCUUGAAAUUCACCGUUUCGUGCAAUUUCGUGGUGGAUACACUCGGAGAAAAGCAGGGCACUCGUAUACUUUCUCAGGAAUGCGUUACCAGGCGUACGCGCUUGUGAAGGUCCUCAGUUGAAAGAGUCUCAUGGAUCUGCUUGGCGGUCGCAUGUGUAGCCAUAUAACGGUUUGUUCAAGCUUGCCGAGAGAGGGAAAAGAUGGUGAAUGAAUGCUAUGAUCUAUAUCAUGUCCUGCUGAAAUGUACUUACCUAAUAUAAGACAAUUUGGCAUGGAUCGAACCGACAUCUCCUAAGCUUUCGAUACAUUCUCCCACCCAGCCGUUUAGUUUAGGUAUGUAUUCAUUUUAUUUCCCUUUCCCCCCUGCAUUCUUUCACGGAGAAAUUGUACAUUCAGCGUAUUGUCUCCAUUAGAAUUCUGAUGAGUUACUUUUAUAUUUUCAUAUGUAUUAUUCUUUCUUUCUCCUGGGCUCAAGGAACACAUAAGUAAUGGUGUCUGCGGAAUUGAAAAGAAAUUAUAUGGUUGUAUAGCAUCUAAUUAAUUAAACAU